AUGCCUAUGAAAGCUUCUGAUUUUCGUCAAUUAUAUCGCAAAAGAGAUAUAAUUGAACAAAGAUUAAACAAUUUUAUUAAAUUUAUAGAGUCGAUGACAAAUAUCGCGAUUAAUGAUUUAAGCGAAGACCAUUUUUCGCAGAUAGAAUUGAAUACAGAAAGAACUGAAAGUUUGUUUACUGAAUUUGAUGAAAUCCAAAUGUCAAUUGAAUUAAAUUGUCAGGAUCAAGAUAUUCAACAAGAGUAUGCGAAAAGACAACGAUUAGAUACUAUAUUUUCAAAAACUUUGUCUAGAGCAAGAACGAUGUUAAAAAGAAAAUGUUCCGAUUUAUCCAGUUCACAGUCGAAAAGGUUAGACAUAAGCCAUGAAUAUAGUGGAUUAGAAGGUGUCAAAUUACCUCCUAUUCAGUUACCUGUCUUUCAUGGGGACUAUUUGAAGUGGAUUGAGUUUAAAGAUACUUUUGAAGGGUUAAUUCAUAAUAAUAAAGUAUUGGCAGAUAUUCAAAAAUAUCAUUAUUUACGUGCGAGUUUAAAAGGUGAUGCAUUGAAAAUUAUACAAAGUUUAGAUUUUUCUGCACAAAAUUACAAUUCUGCAUGGCAGACUCUAUGCAACAGAUUUGACAACUCUCGGAUGUUAGUAAACAAUCAUUUAAAAGCUCUUUUUGAGAUUGAAAAUUUAAAUAAAGAAUCUGCAUUAGGUCUUAGAAGCAUGAUAGAUUCAGUUAAAAAGCAUUUAUUCGCUUUAAAAUCACUUCAACUACCGACUGAACAUUGGGAUGCUAUUAUGGUGUAUUUGGUAAGUGGUAAAUUGGAUAAAUUUAGUUCUAGGGAAUGGGAAAAAAGAAAAAUAGAUAAUUCUUUGCCAAGUUUAAACGAAUUUCUUGAAUUCUUGAAGAAUCGUGCUGAUUUUUUGGAAACUAUAGAGUUAAGCAAUGUGACAAAACCGGAUUAUAAAUCUAAUUACCAAGAUAAACGCUCUAGAUCUCUGCUAACUAGUAAAAGCAGAAGUUGUAAUUUUUGUAAACAAAAUCAUUUGAUUUACCUAUGUGAAGAAUUUCUUAAACUUUCAGUAGCCCAAAGAUGGGAUAAAAUAAAACAAUUAAAUUUAUGCCGAAAUUGUUUAUGUACCGGACAUUCCUACAAACAAUGUAAAUCGUUCGGUUGUAAGAUAUGUAAAGCCAAACACAGUUCUCUUUUACAUGAAAAUAAACCAUCUGAUAUUCAUGUUAAAGAAAACAGUUCAAUUAAUUUCAACCCGAACAAUGAUUCCGAGAAUGAACCAAAUAAAGUUAAGUUGUCAACUAAUACUUCAGAAAAUAAUGUUAAUAGAAAUGAGAUUGUUUUAAAAAAUAAUUGUUCAAAUAAUGAUUAUGUACUGUUGAGUACUGCUAAAUUUAGAGUAUAUGAUAGAUACGGAAAUACUCAUAUCGCACGAGUAAUCCUAGAUUCAGGGAGCCAAUCAUGUUUUAUUACAGAGGAUUUUCUAAGUAAACUCGAUUUAGACACAAAUAGAGCAAAUAUUUGUGUUUCAGGAAUUAAUAAUUCCGUUUCAUCUUUAAAUAAAAAAUGUCAAUUAAAAAUUGGUUCUAUAUUAAACAACUUUAAGUCAAAUUUACAUUGCAUAGUGGUGCAACAGAUUACUGAGAAUUUGCCAACUUAUACUUUUAAUGUCUCAAAUUUCUCAAUACCCCCUAAUAUAACUUUGGCAGAUGAUUCAUUUAAUGUAAGCAGUAAGGUAGAUAUGUUACUUGAUGCUAGUUUGUUUUGGGAUAUAAUGUUAGAUGGUCGCAUAGAUCUUGGAAAGAAUUUACCCUCCCUCCAAAAUACUGUUUUUGGUUAUAUUGUGGUUGUGUUCCUCAUUAACUUAGGUGAUUUGUGUUUGAACGGUCAUGGAGCUGUUCAAGGCGGGGAGUAUGGACGAAAAGUAUUAUUUAUUAUUGGAUAG